AUGGCGCUCCGCCAAGCCCUCGCUUUCGGGCUCCUGGUCGCCGCGGCGACGGCGGCGGUGGCCGCAGCCCAGCAAGGAUGUGUGUGUGAAAGCUACAAACUGACCACAAACUGCUCUGUGAAUGCGUACGGUCAGUGCCAGUGUAUUUCAGCUGGUACACAACAUUCCAUCAUUUGCACAAAAUUGGCUGCUAAAUGCUUGGUGAUGAAGGCAGAAAUGAGUCACUCAAAGUCCGGGAGAAGACGGAAACCAGAGGGCGCCAUCCAGAAUAAUGACGGGCUCUAUGAUCCUGAGUGUGACGACAAGGGGCUCUUUAAAGCCAAGCAGUGCAACGGCACCUCCACAUGCUGGUGUGUGAACACUGCUGGGGUCCGAAGAACUGAUAAGGACAGUGAAAUCUCCUGCUCCGAGCCAGUGAGGACCUACUGGAUCAUCAUUGAACUAAAACACAAAACAAGGGAAAAACCUUAUGAUCUUCAAAGUUUGCAGUCUGCACUCAAGGAGGUAAUCACAAGUCGUUAUCAACUGGAUCCAAAAUAUAUCACAAAUAUUCUGUAUGAGAACGAUGUUAUCACUAUUGAUCUGGUACAAAAUUCUUCUCAGAAAACUCAGAAUGAUGUGGAUAUUGCUGAUGUGGCUUAUUAUUUUGAAAAAGAUGUUAAAGAUGAAUCCUUGUUCCAUUCCAAAAGGAUGGACCUGAAAGUAAAUGGCGAACUACUGGAUCUGGAUCCCAGUCGAACUUCAAUUUACUAUGUUGAUGAAAAACCACCUGAAUUUUCAAUGCAGGGUCUACAAGCUGGUAUUAUUGCUGUCAUCGUGGUUGUGGUAGUAGCAAUUAUUGCUGGAAUCAUUGUCUUGGUUGUUUCCAGAAAGAAAAGAAUGGCAAAGUAUGAAAAAGCUGAGAUAAAGGAGAUGGGUGAGAUGCAUAGGGAACUCAAUGCAUAA